AUGGGAUCGAGGGCUGGUGUUGGGCUAGGUUCAAGAUGCGGAGUGCAAGGUAUUAAGGGAGGAGAUAAGAAAGGUGAUAGUUUGAGGGUAGGGUCGUGGAACAUUGGGACCCUGCAGGGUAGUGAUAGGCAUAGGAAUGACGUAGGUAUCUUAGUGGAUGAAGAGCUUAAGGAGCAGAUAAUGGAGGUUAAAAGGGUUAGUGAUAGGGUUAUGACUAUCAAGUUGGUCUUGGGGGGGCGGGUUACUUUGAACAUCUGUAGUGUGUAUGCGCCACAUCUGGUUCUGGACGAGGAAGAGAAGAAGAGUUUUUGGGAGGUUUUGGACGAAGUGGUUAGAGGCAUGCCUAGUUUGGAGAAGAUUUUCAUAGGUGGGGAUUUCAACGGGCAUAUCGGGUCUUCGCCGUUAGGGUAUGAUGAUGUGCAUGGAGGCUUUGGGUUCGGCGUUAGGAACGAUGAGGGGGUUGCUCUUUUGGAUUUUGCGAGGGCCUUUGGGUUGGUGGUAGUGAAUUCCAGCUUUCCGAAGAAGGAAUAA